CGGCUCGCCCUCCCCAGCGUGGGAAAGGUAUUUCACUGCACCCAUCGCCGGGGUGAAAAGUGCCUAGAAUCAUACAUCACGCUUUUGUCAGACCAUUUUAACCUCGCUCUAACCAGGCCACAAUGUCGACCACAACCAGAAAAAUCGUUUGCUUUUCCGAUUUUGAUGGCACCAUUUUCAUGCAAGACACGGGCCAUGUCCUGUUCGAUAACCUAGGUUGCGGGGAGGAGCGCCGCCGGCUGCUCGACGAACAGAUCAAGUCAGGCGAGCGCUCAUUCCGAGAUGUCUCGGAGGAGAUGUGGGGUUCCCUUCGAGUCCCUUUUGAAGAUGGGUUUCAGAUCAUGCAGAGAGAGCUAGAGAUCGACCCUGGGUUCCAAGAAUUCCAUCGACUUUGCAUGGCCAACAACAUCGAUUUCAACGUUAUCAGUGCAGGUCUUAAGCCAAUUCUCCGCAAAGUGCUGGACACCUUCCUCGGAGAGCAAGAGGCUUCCCGUAUUCAGAUUGUUGCCAACGACGCUGAUAUCAGAUCCGAUGGGUCGGAAUGGAAGCCCAUCUGGCGGCACGAUAACGAACUCGGCCAUGACAAAGCGCUUUCGGUAAAAGAGGGUCGCGCUCUAGCCGCAGAGAGUGCGUUGGAUGGAGAAAUUCCACUCAUCAUCUUUAUCGGAGACGGUGUCUCUGAUCUUCCAGCUGCGCGGGAAGCAGAUGUGCUCUUCGCCCGUAGGGGCUUACGCCUAGAGGAAUACUGUAUCGAGAACAAGAUUCCUUAUAUCGGCUUCGACUCCUUUGCCGAUGUUAAGAGGGAAGUCGAAGUCAUCAUGAGGGAGGAUCAGCAAAGAACCGGUGGCGUGGGUAAACCCGCCCGGUUCAAUCCUCGUGCAAAUAUGUGGCGACGCAUCUCUAGCAAGCAAGCGAUCCCUCAAUUCGUGGCUGCUACUCCUUCGAAGGAGGAUAAAAUGUUUCUCUGGCCUGAAAGCUUUUCGGAAUAUCACCCGACAAGCCAAAUGAAUCAUGUUCCGGCAUGAAGCUUUUCCCUGUAUCC